AUGACUGGCAAGGAUGGCUUGUCCUCGUCCUUUGUGGAGACCGUAGCGGGAUUCACGGCCGGAAUCGCUUCGACGCUCUGCCUGCAUCCGCUAGAUCUGAUCAAGACUCGACUUCAAGUCGACCGGUUACCCUCUUCACGAGUCGGCGGUUCAGUCCCAGUGAUUCGCGAGAUCUUUCAGAAUGAGGGCGGCAUUAAAGCCUUUUACAGAGGCCUGACACCCAACAUAUUUGGGAAUUCCACAAGUUGGGCGCUCUACUUCUUGUGCUACGGCAACAUCAAGGGCGUGAUGCGCAGCUGGCGUAGUGGUUCUCAAGACCAGGCCCUCACCUCGGCCGACUACUUCCUAGCCUCAGGAUCCGCAGGGAUGUUGACAUCCGCGCUAACCAAUCCGAUCUGGGUGAUAAAAACCCGCAUGCUGUCGACGGGAUCCCAGAGCCCCGGGGCAUACGCGUCGUUCACGACGGGUGCGAAGGAAAUUCUUCGCUCGGAGGGUAUUGCGGGCUUUUAUCGGGGUCUGGUUCCAGCCCUGUUUGGAGUCAGCCAUGGUGCACUUCAAUUCAUGGCGUAUGAGCAGUUGAAACUGCAUCGCUCCCGGAUGGCUCCUUCGGCCGGAACAACCGGCCUGGGAAAUGUGGACUUAUUCGUGAUCUCGAGCUUGUCAAAACUAUUCGCCGGGUGUGUUACCUAUCCGUAUCAGGUGUUGCGGUCUCGUUUACAGACAUAUGAUGCUCACCUCGUGUAUUCGGGCGUCAGGGAUGCCGUUGCUCAGAUUUGGGCUAGAGAAGGUAUCACUGGCUUCUAUAAGGGUCUUGGCCCCAAUUUGCUGCGCGUGUUGCCCAGUACGUGGGUCACUUUCCUGGUGUAUGAAAAUACAAGAGCGUAUCUACCAAGGUUGUUUUCCAACCUUCGAUAG